AUGGCUGAAUGCCAUGAAGCGGCGACCUUGUUGCCGGAGACAAAGAGCACAGAGGUGGCCGAGGCACGGAAGAGGCGACGCAGAAGUGCCCUCUUAGCCCUGCCAGCGCUGCUUCUCGCAGUGUCGCUGGUGUGGUGGAGGCAUCAGUCGACCGCUAGCUCACGCAACUUGGAGCCUGUGGCCCUUCCGGACGUUCAGCAGCUGAUCAGUUUGGCUGCUGCUCUGGAUCCAGAACAAGAGGUUCUGCAUGCCUUGGGCUUCCAGAACUCAAGCGACGACUUUCGAGAAUCGGUAAGGCGCAAGCUGCAGGCUGCGGGACUGCAGCCUCUCAGGGAGGCUCUGGAGGAGACGCCGACGGAGUACGAUCCAAGCGCCAACAUCGGUGUGGCGGUCUGCGUUGUGGACGUGGGCCAGGCCUUCUUCCAGUUGGGCCAAGGGCUGAUGGCGAUCAAUGCAGCCAGAAUCAGCUGCGUCACUGGUGCCAAUGUCAGUGCGGCUGACAAGCAGGCUUGCAGUGUCUCGGUGUCAUAUGCGAUUGCGGGAAUUGUGUGGGCCGUCAGCUUUGCGACGGAUGCCAUCUCGCAGUGCGCGGGCUCCUUGAACCUUCAGGCAGCUUGUGCCACGGAUUUGACGGUGAACCUCGGCUCCUGGGCCUUUCUGUCCUCCUCUAUCAGUUCCAUGGUGCUCAACUGCCCCACAAGCACGGAACCGCACACGCUGCAGUCGCUGUCGAUGCUCGGGGGACGACGCUCAGGUGAUGCAGAUGACAUGGAUGUCAAGAAACUUGCGCCGGACCCAAUCGUGGAGCGAGAAGCGAGCACGCUGGACAUGAUAGAAGAGAUCAAGCAACACAAGGAAGACGAGGAGAUCCGGAGUGCACUGAAAGCGACCUGCUUCUUCGACGUCGGUCAUGCUGCAUUCUGGGCCGCUCGGGUCGGCACGAGCAUCACUCAGGCCACUUUGGAUUGCACAGAGGCGAACUUCGCCAGUGCAGGCGAAGCAGGAAAGAUGUCCUGCUCAGUUGAUGUCAGCGGAAUUGUUGGGGCCGCUGCCUUUCUUGGCAGCACCAUCGCUCUAACAGUGGCUGGCUGCCCAGCAGCGCUUGACAAGGACGUCAGCAACACACUGUGUGCAGCUGCUAUCAUCGACACCGUUGGAGUAGUUGGAUACCUGGCCCAAUCCUUCUCCAGCAUCGGGUGCUCCUUCCACGAGGCCAAGGACAAGGACAUGUUGAGCAACUUGCGAGGCUUGAACGUCAGCACAAACCCCAAUGUGGGCUGGCUAACCCUGACGCUGACUGACCAGCACGUGCGUGGAGCCACAGAGGAGCGUCUGUGGGCUCUUGCUCGUCCUGUCAUGACUUUCAGAAACUUCUUCCUCUUCCACCUGAAGCACACGAAGAGCUACCUCCAUUCCAGGCUCCGGAAGCGUCUUGACCACUGGCAGCAGCAGAUCAGCAAAGCUCGUCGACGCCGGGCCCAGGAAAGGUGCACGGCCUUUGAAUCCGAAACUGGAGCCCCUGGUCCAGCCAUGGCCAAGCCCAAGCAGCGUCUCUUGACGACGCUGCUUCUUUGCGUGGCGGCCAUGUACUUCGGGCAAAGUCUUCUGGAAGCCUUCGUGGCACCAGCAAAGCAGGCAUCUCUACGAUCACGAGCACCCGCCGUGUCCAUGCAGUUUCUCCAGCAAGAGCCGAAGGAGACGCCAACUGAGCCGCCAAAAGGGCAACCAUCGUCACCGCAGGGCCCUGGGGAGUACAUCGUCAUUAUCGUCGGUCUCAUCAUCAUUGCGGCGCCCUUCUUCCUUUUCAGCCCGCCGGACGACUCGGUCGAAAGAUUCGUCGAAAAGGAGGAAAAACGCCGACUAAUCAGCGGCAAGGAGUUCGUGCCGCCUUCUCGCAGCACGGGGGCGGUGUGA